AUGGCAGGCAAAGGAGGGCCCACCAUCUACGCUCCUCAGCCGCAGCAUCCGAUCCCACCCAUGAACAUGCGAUCACCGCCCAUAGAACAGCAGCAGCAGCAGCAGCCUUAUGGAGCAUCGCCUUAUACACAGCAAGCAGCCUACAAUGCAUAUGGACAGCAGCAAACAGCACCAGGAGGAGGAGGCGGCAUGCCACAUGGCCCCAAUGCUGGCUUCCCAGGCCAAGAGUACUGGAAUGCACCUGCUGCACAGAUGGGCCUGCAAGUCGGACAACAAGCACUCAGUGCCUCUCAAGCCUAUGUCAACCAAAAUGUCUCUCGCUGGAUCAGUAUCGCGUCUUUGCGCAAGUAUUUCCAAGUCACCAAUGCGUAUGUCUUGCGUAAACUACUCCUUGUCCUCUUUCCCUGGCGACAUCAUCCCUGGCAUCGUCAAGUGACGCGAGAUGGGAGUGGCCAAGUCGAUGGGUUUGCGGAUCCAAAGGAUGACUUGAAUGCUCCCGAUAUGUACAUUCCCAUCAUGGCCUCAGUCACAUACGUCCUACUCAACAGUCUAAUUGCCGGUAUCCAAGGCGCUUUUCAAGCAGAUCUACUAGGUACCACGGCAGGCUGGGCGGGGGCCUUCUUACUGGUUGAGAAUCUUCUCAUCAAGCUAGGCUGCUACCUGCUCAAUAUCCCCUCGACCUUCUUCCUCGACCUCGUUGCUUACAGCGGCUAUAAAUACCUCGGCAUCAUUGUCACAAACCUCGUUGGACUUUUGAAUCCAGGACGGACAGUCUACUGGCUGACCUUCCUCUACACAGGCCUGGGCGUUGCCUUCUUCAUGCUGCGUAGCUUGAGGAGUGCCAUCUUGCAGGGAACAGAAGAUGCGAUGGGUCGAUCGGGUAAGGCGAGACGUGUCUACUUCCUGGCUGGUAUUGCGGCUGCUCAGUUGCUCUGGAUGUAUCUCAUGCUCAAGUAG